AUGGGCGGUGCGGUGCCGGUACCGGUGCCGCGUCCGCCGCCGGCGCUGCUGCUGGCGGUGCUGGCGGCGGGGCUGUGCGCGGCUCAGUACGAGCAGUACAGCGUGCGCGGAUUCCCCGCGGCCGCGCUGGAGCCGCUGCAGCGCGCCUACGCGCGGGCGCUGGAGCAGUACGCGGACGCGCAAUGGGCGGAGAGCGCUCAGGGGCUGGAGGCCAGUUUGCGGCUCCACAGGCUGCUGCGGGACAGCGAGGCGCAUUGCCACCGCCGCUGCGCCGGGGAGCCACCCGCGGGGGAGGAUCCCGCCGAGGAGCCCCGCGGGGAGCGGGACCCCGCGUGGGAGUGGGAGCGGGAGCUGCGGCUCUUCGGGCGGCUGCUGCUCCGCGCCGGCUGCCUGCGCGCCUGCAAGCGUGAACUGCCCGUGUUCCAGCUGCGCUACCCGCCGGCGCAAACCCUGCGCGACUUCCAGCGCCGCCAGCCCUACCAGUAUCUGCACUACGCGCUCUUCAAGUCAAAUAAGAUCGAGAAAGCGGUGUCUGCUGCCCACACCUUCCUGCAGAAAAACCCCAAGCAUGAGAUGACCUUGAGGUACCUGAACUACUACAGAACGAUGUUGGAUGUGGAUGAAUACCUGGUUGACCUGGAAGCUCAGCCCUAUGAGCCGAUUUUCGUGCGGUCAGUGAAGCUGUACAACAACGGGGAUUUCCGGAGCAGUGCAGCUGACAUGGAGCAGGCGCUGGCCGAGUACUACAAAGCGUAUGAAGACUGUCUGGCUGGCUGUGAGGGUGCCUAUGAGCUUCAGGAGUUCAAGGACUUCUACCCUGCCAUCGCAGAUCACUUUGUGAGCGUGCUGCAAUGCAAGGUGGACUGCGAGACCGAGCUCACCCCCAACGUGGGUGGCUACUUCGUGGAGAAGUUUGUGGCCACCAUGUACCACUACCUGCAGUUCGCUUACUACAAGCUGAACGAUGUGCAGGACGCAGUGCGCAGCGUCUCCAGCUACAUGCUCUUCGACCCGGGUGACACCGUGAUGCAGCAGAACCUGGUCUACUACCGCUUCCACCGCGAGCGCUGGCACCUGCGGGAGGAGGACUUCGAGCCACGGCCGGAAGCCGUGAGGUACCACAACCAGACGGCCACUCAGAAGAAGAUGCUGGAAUUCGCCCGGCAGUACCUGCAGGAUGAUGAUGAGAUGGAGGUGGAUGGUGAUGAGGGGCCAGAGGUGCUGGACCUGCCCUCCGAUGGCGAGUUCGAGGGUGAAGGUGACUACGAGGAGGGCUUCUUUGCAGAGUGGUGGCAGGAACCCAAGACCAAAGGAGACAAAGACGAACAAGGAUCUGUGGAUGAUGCACCAGGAUCCACCCCUGUUGUCUUGAGGGGUUUGGGGGGCUACCCCUACUUUGGGAGCAAUGCACGAUGCUGGCGGAGCUGGUCCUGCCCCUUCCUGAGGCUCUCUGAGGCUCCUGCUCCUGCAGCCUCCCAGGCAAUCUGCCAACUCCCAUAG